AUGAUGUUUGUUCAUGCCACCGUGCGUGCCAGGUACCACCUUUUCUGUGAGCCUGAGGCCGCCAGCACUGCACGCGAAGUUCUUCAUGUUCUGAGCGCGCGGUCCGCCUUAGCCUGCCCCCCGCGACCGCUCUUUCAUCCCGUGCAUCAUCCUUUUUUGAUUAUGCAGCAAGUAUUUGUCGCGGGCUGCCGCCAUGUGCGGUGCGGGGAGGGCCGCCGCCACGCAACACGGGCUCUGCCCCCCGCGCGGGGAAACGCGCCUGCUGCCUCGGUCCAGAGCGCGGCUCCCCCGCCGCCCCGCGCAGCAAUGCGGGCUGCCGGGGGGGACGCCCUCGUCGCAGAGGCGACCCCGCCGCAGGAGCGCGCGGACGCGCCCGGGCCGCCGCGGCGAGCCUGGUCCGUGAGGUCGAGGCAGGGGCGCCUGGCGCUGGGCGUGGUCGCCGCGUCGGCCCUCUCGGCCGCGACCCUGCUCGCCGCGGCGGCGGCCAGGCGGGCCCUGCGGCAGGAGCGCCUGCGCGCCCCGGCGCAGCCGACGGGCCCUUCUGCUGGGGCGUCGCCGGGCGCGGUGGCGGAGUUGGGGCCGGCCUGGGCCAGGACGAGCUUGACGGGGUGCAGACGCAACGCCGGCGCGGCUGAGCCCCGUGGUAUCCACGCCACUGCCGACCAGUGCGGGGCAGCCUGUGCCGCCUCCCCUCGCUGCAAAGCGUUCGGCUACCGCGCCCAGCGGUGCGCCGACGGCGAGGGCAGCGGCUCGGCGCUGGCUGGCCCCGCGUGCCUCGUGUGGGAGGGCGACUGCGACGAGGAGCCCAGCGGCUGCUGGGACCUGUACAGGCCGGCCUCGCUGCGGCAGCUCGCCGCCGACGCCCUGGUGGGCGCGCAGGCUGAUACAGAUCUGGGUUUUGAAUUGCUUCGAGUACUCGGACAACCCGCAGGGGUACUCGACGUAUUUCUUCUCUUCGUUCAUGUCGCACUCCUGCUUCCCGAAUGCCAUAUGGCAUUACCAGGACGACGAUCACGUCUUGCGUGCCCGGAGAGAUAUCAAAGUCGGCGACGAGGUGUGCAUCUCGUACCUCACGGAGGACGGGCUGCUGCAGUGCGCCUCCAUGCGCAGGUGGGACUUGCACGAGACGAAGCACUUCUGGUGCACGUGCGAGCGCUGCGGCGGAGAGAAGGACUUCAGCCGGGGCUUCCGCUGUCCCAAGUGUGA